ACAAAACAAACAAAUAAUAAUUAAUUGAAUUGAAUCAAAAAAAAAAUAAGAAAACAUUUUGAUAAUGUGAGAUGUCAUUUGAAUGAAUUAAAAAAAAAAAAAUAAAUCAACAAAUUCAAAUCAAGAAAGAAAACAAAAAGAAAUGAAAAUGAUCAUUAUAACAAUGAUUAUUAAAUUAUUAUUCCAUUUGUGUUCAUUUGGUAUAAUAAUUAUAUUAAUUAAUCUAUGUGUUGCCGCCGAUCAAUAUUCAAAUCAAUAUCAACAAACAACAACGAAUCCAACAUUAACAAUUGAAUGUCGUCAACAACAAUCAAAUUGUACGGAUAAUAUAUAUCCAUAUCUUAAUGAUCCACAAUACAUGUUUCCAACUAGUUUGGAACAUGUAAAUGAAAUGUGCAAAAUGUGGAGCCGUUUUGUUGAUUGCAUACGACGUUAUAUAAGCCAUUGUUUCGAAGAGAAUCGUCGACAAUUAUUUCAUAAAUCCGUUGAGAAUUCUAUCGAUACUGUACAUGCAAUUUGUAGUUCUAAAUUAUAUCAAACAGAAUAUUUAGCAAGGGCAAAUUGUUUUAAACAAAUAUCAAUGGAUCAUUGUGGCGUACCGUAUCAACAUCUAGUGAAUAAUAUUGCCAAUCCAAUGGCCAAAGAUGAACAUAUCUGCUGCACUUAUGCUCAAUUCAAACGAUGCGUAAAUCGUCCAUUAUUGGAAGAAUGUGGCCGUAAAGCUAAAAAUCUAAUGGAUCAUUCAAUGAGUUUUCUGAUUUCACGUUGUCAACAUUAUACCGAUAAUUUUGAUAGCCAAAUUGAAUGCUCAUCACCAUCAUCAAAGAUGGCAUACAAUUUUCAUCAGCAACAUCAUCAACGACAUUAUCGAAUGCCAAAUGGUUAA